AUGCGGCGGCCGACGGACCGAAGAAGCUUACCGCAUAUGUCUCAUUAUGGGCGUCCCUUGUACGACCCUGUCGCUGAGAGCGGUAUCGACGAAGAUACCGACAUCUCAACAGACGGCGAUGAUCUUUACUGGGAUCAGGUGGCCGUCGCAGCAGGCCUCCUUUACUACUCUAACUUCUUCUUUGUCGCGGCAACGUGCCGAGCAGUCUACAGGAUCCCAAUGCACCUGAGCCUGGCUGGAUUCGGAGGUGUUUUACUAGCCGUGUUCUACAUCGGCGUCUGCCGUCCCUUCCUCGUCGACUCCCACCUGGAGGAGGAGGACUUUCUUCCAAGGGUUAUCCCGUCCCUGAGUGUCGCCGUCCUUUUGAGUGAAGUCCUGUAG